UAAACCGGACAAUAUACAAGAAUAAUAAUUAAUUCGGAAAUAAUAAUAAUAAUAUUUACUUACAAAAUAUCGUUGUAUAUUUUAUCUAACAUAAAGACAGUGAAUUUUUUUGAAACUUUGAAGAAAAACUAUCGAGCAACAGAAUUCUAAGUUUUAGUGCAACCAAAAGAUACUAUCGGGCUGCCAUUUUACAAAAAAAAAACCCUGCAUAUAUGAUCAGAGGAAGCCUUUAUAUAGCCAACAUAUUUAAUAACAACCAGCAAACUGUCUUCAAAUAGGCAACAGGUAUCUGAUUCUGAAAAAUUGUCGUUGUCACAGGAUCAGCAAUCACUUAGUGACCAGCAUAUACUAUACACACCGGUCUUCUAUAUCUCUGGGAACGGUGGUUAUGUAGCAGCACCAUCUGCGGGUUAUACAUUACCCCAACAGAGUGGGCUGCAACAGCCAACUCUAAGUGCAGCAGCUUCAGCCUCUGCUGUAUCAUCACAACCCCCACUUCAACUUCUACACGGCAUUCAGCCAUCAGUUUCUUCUGGGCAACAAACAGAUUUAUAUAAAAUGCAGCCCCAAUCGGCGCAAAACAUCUAUGUUCCGCAAAGUGCGGCCAAUAAUUCAACAGGUAGAUCAAAUCAACCUACAGCAGGAAAUAUUUAUAGACAAAAUCCUUCAAGUCCUUCACCUAGGAACAGAUAUGUCCAUUCUGCCACUAUGUAUCCUGCAGUGCACCAAAGCGUUGUAUUGGGACAAUUUACAGCACCAUAUGGAACGCGCACACCACAAAUACAACAGUGUCAAUAUUCACCUCAAUACUAUCCGCAAAUGUAUUAUCCAUAUUAUUUGCAACAGCCACCACAACAACAACGUACUACAGUUAAUCCGGGAGUCGGUGUGGGAUUAAGCAGUGCUAUGACAGUACAAUCAGGUGGUUCUGUUAGUGGCCCUACAGCACCCGGCAACCAAGCUCAGUUGCCAUUAGGUGUAGCUCCGGUGGCGACAAAUACGGUUUUAAGCGUUGCGAGUUCAACGGCAGCUCAACCAGUUGGAGUUGCUCCAUUAGUUGGAAUGCCACAUCAGCCACCACCUCAACAGCAGCAACAAAAUCCGAUCCAAACGAAGGGAAAGCUGCGUUCACACGCGCUGCAAAUUAUCCAUCCUGUUACAAAUAGAAAUAUUUUGGAGGAUUUAGAUAUUGACAAGAAUGAGUCGACUAAUAUUGCAUCGGGAUGUCAAUCAACGUUAUCAUCUACAAAUGCAGUUUCAUCGUUAGAUACAGAAAUUGAACCCCUAUCAACAGCAUCGACUAUAUCUAUAAAAUCGGACCUAAAAAUACCUGAAACUUUAAAAUCCCAUACGGAAGUCGUGCAACCUAUAGAAGCGUCAGCACACCAAAUAUGCGUUGAAAGGAACUUCAAAGAAACAACUCAGCAACAGCAGCAAACACCAAUUGUAUCGGCAAUGACAGACGCGCCAUCUGUUGAAAUUUUACCGACACAACCACCAAAACAAAAAACUAAAAAAUCCCAGAGUAUUUCCGGCAUGAAACUGGACCAAAACUUGAGUCAAGGCAAAACGGAAGAAAAUAUAAAGCAAGUAACUGAUGUAUCAACAAAUACUACUACCGCAAAUUCCAAUUGUGUUCAAGAUUCGCUUCCAACAAAUUAUACUAACCAACAAGUGCCACAACAAGAACAAUUAAAAGAUAAAAAACCUGACGAAAUUAUAUCAUCCAAGUCGCCGUCAUCGUCUAUAAAAACUUCAAGUGAUAUUAAUAAUACUAUUAGUAAACAAAAGGAGAGCGAAGAAAGUUGUACAGAAGAAUAUUUUGGUGCUAGUGAACAAGAAAAAUCUACUAUUUAUAAUAUUGCGGAAUCUGUAAAAACUAUGCAACUAGGAGAAAAAGAAAUUGUAACAUUACCUCAACAAAAACAAAUAAAUAUUGUUAAUAGUAGUAGUAAUGUGCAACAUAAAGAAGAUCAGGAACAACGAGAAACCCAAUAUUCAAAUGCCACAAAUGGUAAUACAUUAACAACGACAACAGCAGCAACAUUAAUUGAAUCAACAGACAACAUAAUUAAUAAUAAUGAUGUUGUCAACAACAAUAACAAAAACAGUAAUAAUGUAAAUAAAUCAAACAAUUUGUCUACGAAUACAACAACAAAUAAAAAUGCUGAUAAAGUAGAUAAGAAGAAUGAUAAUAUUACGGAAAAUACUAAAACAGCAUCAGCAACAAUUGAAACUGUAACUGGAAGCGCCGAUGCGUGUAAGGCAAUAACCUUGAAGGAUGAAGCUCGUGAUGAAACAGAUAAAUCAUCUGUCUUACCGAAAAACGAAUUAGAAAGCAAACAAAAUGUCGAAAAUAGUUCGACAAAAUCAUCCUCAUUAACAUCUUCUAAUAAUAACGUAUCAACUAUUUCCACUGAAAAUGAAAAAACGAAAACUGAACCUAGCAAUGACAAUGAUAAUGAGAGUAAAGAAGGCAGCGAUGAUAAAAAGGAAGAGGUUGGCGAAGAUAGUAACACCACAGACGAAACGGCCGCCAAUAACAAGCAGUCAUUUGAAUCAUUGAUUAAUUAUAAUGAAGGUCAAUGGUCGCCCUCAAAUCCUAGUGGCAAAAAACAGUACAAUCGUGACCAAUUGAUGCAGUUGCGUGAGGCAAAGGCCUCUCGUAUACAGCCCGAAGUAAAGAACACAUCAAUAUUUUCACAAACCAAUUUAAUGCCAGCAUUUGCUUCGCGUGGCAAUAAAAAGGUACAAUCUAUGGUCGGUGGCUUUGGCGGUGCCAGGGCCAGCGGUGGUGGUGAUGGCAACUACCAAAACAACUAUAUGAAACAGAGUUCAAUGUCGGGUCGAGGAGGAGCCGAUGGCGGUCACCAUAAUCGAAAUAGUGGCAAACCUAUAAUACAUUUAAAUCUAUCUUUGAAUCAAGACGUCAAACUGAAUGAAGCCGAUAACGCUUGGCGUCCUAGCGUAUUGGUUAAAGGUGCUGAGAAACAAAUUGAUCCUGAACUUAAGGCGCAACGUGAAAAGGAUGAAUUGAUACGACGUGUCCGUGGCAUACUAAACAAACUAACACCUGAGAAGUUUGAACCACUUGUGGAAGAAAUUAUUAAACUUAAAAUCGAUAACAUGGAGAAAAUGGAAGCUGUAAUGAUUUUAGUGUUUGAAAAGGCUAUCGAUGAGCCCAGUUUUUCAGUUUCAUACGCUAGUUUAUGUCACCGUUUAAUCAAUGAAGUAAAAGCCCGCGACGAACGCAUGGAGAGUGGAACUAAAUCCAAUCUCGCCUAUUUCCGUAAUGCUCUAUUGGACAAGACAGAAAGAGAAUUCAAUCAGAAUGUCACGAAAAGCAGUGCAAAGGAGGAAAAACUGAAGCCCAUAAGAGAAAAAAUUAAUAAUUCCACAGAUCCCAAUGAAAAGAUAGAACUUGAGGCUUUAUUGGAUGAAGAAGAGCGCAGGAUUCGUCGACGUUCUGGUGGUACUGUGCGUUUUAUUGGUGAACUAUUUAAGAUAUCCAUACUAACCGGCAAAAUCAUACACACCUGUAUCGAAGCCCUACUUAAAGAUCCAAAUAAUGAGGAUAUGUUGGAAUGUUUGUGCAAGCUUUUAACUACUGUGGGUCAGAAAUUCGAACAGACACACAUGUCCAAAGAUGAUAAACGUAAAUACUCAUUGGAGAGCGUAAUACAACGCAUGCAAAAUAUCGCUUCGAAACAUGAUAAUGCAAAAAUAUCAUCACGUGUCCGCUUUAUGUUACAAGAUGUCAUUGAUUUGAGAAAAAAGAAAUGGCAAUCGACACGCAAUGAGGCUCCCAAGACUAUGGAACAAAUAGAAAAGGAGGCUAAUAAUGAACAAUUGAGCAAUCCGUAUCAUUAUAUGAACUCUAUGCCAGGUGGUUCAGGAAAACGCGACGGGGGCGGUCGUAAUGAUAGUCGUUCCGGAAAUUACGGAGGUAGUCAUAGUCAACGAGGUGACACCGGAAGUCUUAAACGUCAACAGGGUGGUGGUGGAGUAAGUGGCGGCAGCCAUAGUCAGUCGGGAAAUUCAAAUAAUGACGACACUUGGCAUGUACAGACUGGCAAAGGUAAUCGUACACUGGCUGUAGAUUCUAGUAAACUAGUUGGACUGACUACGGUUGAUAUGAAUAAUAAGAAAAUGGGUGGUCUUUCGUUAUUCCUAUGGCCUAAAGCUUCAUCACAACCAACAACAACCCCAUCAAAUUCCUUUGCUGCAUUGUCCAUGGAUUCCAACAGAAGUUCCGAUCGGGAUCGUGACCAUAGCGGACCGCGUAAUAAGGGUUCAUAUAACAAAGGUUCCAUGGAACGUGAUCGCUAUGAUCAUGGUAGAUUACUCUCACGGACUGGUUCAACACAAGCAUCACGAGAAAACUCCUCUUCCCGUAGUAGCCAAGGAGUACGUGGCAUGGGCGGUGGUAAUUCAUCAAAUAUGCAAAAAUCUGCUAGUCAUUCGAAAUAUCAACAACCAAUGUCGUCGUCCAACUCAUCAUCUAGAAUGACUUCAUCGAAAAUGUCCGGCAUGUCAACAGGCGGCGGUGGUAGUGGAAGCACUGCAAGUUCUAGUUUAUACCGUGAUAACCAACAACAGCAAUCUUACUAUUCAUCUAAUGCAACACAUAAUCAACAACAACAACAACAUUUCAACCCAGCCGCUAGUGAAUCAACUCAGCCGUCAUCUGCGCCGCCUGCAGUUUUUGAAGAGCCAUCCUAUGCGGAUUUGAAAAUAAUUAAGGCUGUUGUCAUUGAGAUGGGAGAAAAUGCUGCCAACUCGAAAUGUAUAGAUAACACGACAGUAUCGUGUAUAAAGAAAAUUAAGGAAAAUCAACGCUGUGGUUUGCUCUAUUACAUAAUUACGGAUUAUUUGCAUUUAGCAAAUGUUGGACCAAUGUGCCGGCGACACAUGGCUAAUGUUGUAGCGUAUUUAAUUGAAAAGAAAUACAUUUCCGUCGAACACUUCCGCUUGGCCUAUAAAAACUUUUCCGAAUUUGCUUGUGAUUUAAUUGUUGACAUACCCGAACUAUGGUUGUACAUAUUCGAAUUUACCGGACCCUUAAUGGUUAAGAAACUAAUAACUGCAAAUGAUUUAUGGAACACCCAACUGCGUGAAAGCGGCUCACCUAGUUUUUGCCUCAAAUUCCUUAAAACCUUUUUACAGUACUGCACACGAGAAGUGGGUCCCAGUUUCACACGCAACAUGUGGAUGAAAAAUCACAUAAAGUGGACAGAUUUUAUGAAUGAAAAUGAAGUUAGCACCUUUAUUCAAACAAAUAAAUUUGAAUAUGUUGAAAAUGAAAAUAGCAAACCAGAUAUCGAUAACAAAGAAUCUAAAGAAAAGCGUAAUAAACGCGUCGUGGAGCAUAUAGAUCAAUUGUUAAAAGAGGGCUCCAAUGCUGACAAUGUCAUUGAUUAUAUCAAUGGAAAUAUAGUGGAUGUGGAUAAAACGUUCAUUAAAAGUUUAACGACUACGUUGACAAGCUUUGCUAUAAAGGAUUCCAAUAAUUAUAGUUUAGAUUUACCGUGCUUCCAAAAGAUUUGCAUACCUGUACUGCUGCGUUACUUAGACUCAAAAGAAGACUUGGAACUGGAAUGUCUAUAUGCCAUACAAUUGUUGGUUCAUAGUCUAGAACAUCCAAGAGGUUUAUUGGGAGCUAUUUUUGGUGAACUGAACGAUGCAGAUGUUAUUCCCCAAGAAACCUUUAUAGCGUGGCGUGAUUCAAAGGAUCAAUCAGCUGGAAAAGGUGUGGCCGUCAAAGCUCUUAAUCCAUUUUUCAAUCAAGUUAUAAACGGCGAAACAAGCGACGAUAACUAAAUUAUUCAUCACCAUAUGCAUGCAAUAUUUUGGAGAUUGUGCUGUGCAACUAUUAGAAGACAAAACAACAUCUCCCAAAAAAAACUAAAACUAAAAUAUAUAAGUUAAAAACUUAAGAAAUAAGGUUUUUUUUAUAUAAACAAAAUUAAAAAAAAGUUUUGUAUUGAAUUGUGGGAAAUUAAGUCGAAUUAUGUAAUGAAAAAAACUAUAUAAAUUCUUAAUUUUAUGUUGAACUUUUUUUUUAUUGUAUUUUUAAAAGUAAACUUGUAUGAAAUGAAUAAUAUAUUAUAAAUAUUUAAAACGUAAAUUUUUAAGGCCUACUAUAUUACAUUUUGUGCAUACCGAUGAAUAUAUUACUGAAAGUGUUAAAUUUGUUGUAUGUUGUAAAACACGUUUUUUUAUUGGUUUUUUUAUGUACAACUUCGAUUUACGAAAAAAAAAAUAUGGUACCGACCGAUAAAAAACAAAUCAUUUAUGUUAAUUAUUAUAAUUUAUACUGAAAAAGUCGAAUCGCAAUUUGUAAACAAGACAAAAACAAAUUUUACAAGAUUAGGCAAAAAUAAUAGAAACUAUGAAAAUAAAAACACUUGAUACAAACAAAAUGCUAUAACCUAUAUAUUAUAUCUCUAAGAGAUUUUCAAUAUAUGUAAAUGUUAAACUUAAGCCCUUGCUCUUGCAAAAACUGAAUAAAAACUAAAAAAAACUCGA